AUGUCCACCGCAAGCGAUAUCUCUGCUUUCGAGCACUCCGUCGAACCCGCUCCAGCUGAAACGCUCUUCCAUGAUAAGAAAUGGACCUAUAUUCAGGAUUCGACUAGUAACACUGGUCAAUACGCUGGUCAAAUUCAAUUCAACCUUUCCACGAUCUCUUCUCAAGCUGCGUUUGUCAACUGGGAAGAGGCUGUCAUUCAGCUUCCAAUCAAGCUUCAGAUUCUCAAUGCUGGAGAAUCUUCUGUUACCUUGACCGCUGCUUGUACCAUUGAUCAGCUUGUUCCUAAGACAGGUGCCUGGCAAUUCAUUGGUUCCGUUCAAGUUGUUGUAGAUGGCGUGACCGUUCAGACGAAUCAAGUUCAUGAAAAUGUGAAUGCUACGUUCAAGGCGCUAACCGAAUGGGACUACAGCUCCUACGUUAAACGAGGACCAACGAGCAGCUUCGUGCUAGAUGAAUAUCGUCUACCAAUUCCCGGAGUCGCACAAAAUCUUGACAACAUGGCAACAUCCAAUUAUAUUAACGGCACCGUUGGCGAAUGGGGUCUUUUUAACACAUUUUCGAAUGUAAGUGCGUACGAACGAUCGCUAUUCACCGCGCUUGAUCAAAGCAGCGGUAAACUUACAUAUGAUAUCAUGGGAUCUAAUGCCAGUAUCCAAGUUGUGUCAAAGCCGCAAGUAUACGUCGCGCCAUCUGGCGCCGUUGCUGCCGGUGCUCCAUUUUACGUAGCUCAUUGUUUAGCCUGCAUUAAGCUCUCUGACUUAUCCGACUACUUCAAGAAAUCUUCGGCAUCACUUGCCCAAUUCUCUGGAAUGUGGUAUUGCUCCAUCGUAGACUUUCUCUCAAGACCCGGUCAGUCAUUUUCAUGGACGGUGACGAAUGGUAUUGCCAAUCCGAAGAAAUUGAUUAUGCAACCUGUUAUUACAAAUGUAACCCCUGGAUCAAGCUCUUUACCAGAUGUGAUCAAUCCAUUCCGUAGUUGCUUUUCAACGAUUCCAGCCACGACGAGUCCUUAUGCAGCUUUAAAAAAUAUUCAAGUAACGGUGGGUAACGUCCCAAUUUGGAAUAACCCUGCCAACUUCGGCUACGAUCUAUUCGUACAAGAAAUGUCAAAAUCUGGCGUUGAUGGUGGCCUCGAUGAUGUCACUAAAGCUGGCUUAUUGUCUCAGCGUCUAUGGGAAUCACUGUACCGAUUCAUUGCUGUUGACAUUGGCCGUCGUCUACCCAGCGAAGAUGGUGCAAGCAAGUCGAUCAUUUUUUCGGGCACGAACAACACGAACUACGCGCUUACAAUUUUUUUUCAUAUUCUACGUGAAGUCGUAGCAGCUGUAGAUACUGCUAUGGGCACUGUCUCUCAAGGCGCGGUUCAAAACUAA